CGAGACGGUCGUUCAUUUCGCUCCUCUUCCGUUGGAUUCGUUGUGCGUCUCCAUUGUUAUCCACCUGUGGGCACCAUGAAGCUCUCUGGCGCGCUGACUAUCCUCCUUUUGGCGCUCCUUUUGGCGCUCUGCGCCACGUCAGCAGUCGCAGCGGCAGCUGGCGGAGGACAUGCUUCCUCUCAGUACCUCAGGCAUACGAGUGAUCUUCGAGAGCUGAUUAAGGCGGAAGGCGGGUCGGUGAGUAGCUGGGGAGGGUCUCUGGAGGAGAUCCCCAAUGCCUCCCUGGGAGCAGGAAUUGUAACGUUGGAGGGCGGCUUCAUGAUGCUGCCCGAGUACUCAGACUGCCAUUACCUUCUCUACGUGCUUGAAGGUUCCGCCCACGUGGGACUGAUGUCUCCCGUCGGGUUCCCAACCAAUGCCAGGAGGAUCGAGCAGGGGGAUGUGUUCGCGAUUCCCCGAGGCUGGGUGAGCUGGGCCGUGAACUGCGGAAAUUCUCGGCUGCGGGCGUUCGUUGCAUGGGACACGUCGGAGGGUCGUCAACCAGGGGAGUGCACGCACUUUCAUCUGGCGGGCGCGUCGUCGACCUCCACUGCAGCAGCGGAGCACCAGAAGGACACGGGUUCGAUUCUUCUCGGAUUCAGCAAGGAUCUGCUGGCCAAAGCGUGGAACGUGGACGUCAGCCACGUGGAGCGGCUGCUGCGGUCCCAGCACGGGAGCGCCAUUGUCAAACUUCCUUCUCGCUCAGCGACCAGCCCCGCCACGUGUCACAACGUGGUCAAUCAGGCGGCCCAGACACGGACGACAACAUCGACAAUCAGUCAGCUGGCGAUGGCGGUGGGCAUGGGAUUGAGCGAUGACGUCAAUGGAGAGCAAGGGGCAUCCUUGACGUCCGGUCUCUUGACGCAUUCAGGUGGCGAGUUCGUGUACGAGCUGGACAGAUCGUCUGCUGACGUGGCAAACAAGGGCGGGAAGCUGUGGUUGCUGAAUGCGCACCGAAUGCCAGCGCUGCGUCAGCUGGGAAUGGGCGCGUACAGACUGUUCUUGCAGCCAGGCGCAGUGGUGGGCCCGGUGUGGUCAGUGAACGCGCACCACAUCGUUUACAUUAUCAGAGGGAAGGGGCGCGUCCAGAUCGCGGGCCCGGACGGGCGCAACGAGCUGGACGCGGAGGUGCGCGCAGGACAGGUGGUGGCGAUCCCGCGCUUCUUCGCGGCGUUGAAGGUGGCGUCGGAGGAGGAGCCGUUGGAAAUCAUCUCGGUGACUUCGUCCUCCAUGCCCUUGUCGUCCUUCCUCUCCGGAUCGACUUCCCUGCUGAAGAACAUGCCGUUGGAAGUGGUAUCCCACGCGUUCAACAUCGACAAGGAGCUGGAGGAGAAAUUUAGGGAGAAGAGGAGGGAGGUGACCGGCAUCCUGCCGCAGUCGCAAUCGUCGGAGAGUCCGAAGGAUGUGUAGUAUCGCUCAAUGGGAGCGUCCUCCAUGCUUCUGUCAUGUCGAGGUUCCUUUUUGUAUCGUAUGCGUGGUGAACGGACACGACCGCCAGUAUGCCUCCGUCGCAAUUUGAUUCUAAUGGGGGGUCCGAAGGAUCUGUUAGUCAUGACAAAGUUUUUUUAUUUUUCUUUCCUUUUUUUUUCUCGUCAUGACGAAAUUUUAUUUUUCUUUCCUUUUUUUUUUUCUCGCUCCUUUGGAAGUGAAGACGAGUUUGGGCCGAAGAAUGUGUAGUUUUCGAGGGUGUUAACUUAAGUUUUUUUUAAUUUUUUUUAUUUUUUUUAUUGCAGGUUGACUUGCGGAAGCCUAGGAUCAUUGGAAGAAAAAUAAAAUGAAAUAGCAAUUCCCGCAUUAAAGAUCAUCAGGGAGGUCGAGUUGUAGUCGUGAUGCGCAUGAUGGCCAUGCGCAACUCGGUUCUGUCGUGAUCUGAGAGUGAAUAGAAUGUGUAAAAUAGACUUGGUACUGUGAUUUGCGUGUGCAGAAUAGUUGGUACUGUCAUUUGCGUGUGGAUGGUUAUGCUCACCGCGGUUCUGCCGUGAUGUGGGUGUCAGAAGAAUGUGCUAAAUAGACUUGGUACAGUGAUUUGCGUGUGCAAAAUAGGCGGGGCGUCGGUUGGGUUGUAGUCGUGAUGAUGGUGAUGGCCAUCCUCACCGCGGUUCUACGACAAUCUGAGUGUUUUGUAGAAGAAUGUGUAAAAAUAGACUUGGUACAGUGAUUAGCGUGUGCAGAAUAGGCAUAUCUGGGGGACGUGUAUGACGCUUUACAGAUUUGAGAAAUCGAGUGAGAAAGUGAAUAGAGACGUGUUUGCGGGAUUGGGAGUGCUUCAUCGUUGCGCCAGGUUUGAUUGUCAGAACAUUAUAAACUAGCUUUGGAAUCAUGUUUUGCUUGUGUAGAAUCGGCAUAUCUGGGACGUAUAUUGCAUCUGUAUCUGGGACGUAUAUGACGUGAAUUGGUCAGGUUCCAAAAAAAAUCAACGCAGGAGAGUGCAUGCAGACGUGGUUGGGAGUAGCAGCGUAUGUGGGACGUAUUUGACUUGAAUUGCGGUCAGAUUCCGAAAGAAAUCUACGCAGGAGAGGGAAUGUGGACGUGGUUGGGAGUAGCAGCGCUCGCAGGUGUGCUCUCAGAGAAUCAAUCUUACGUCUGCAUGGAGGAGAGAUUGGACACGUGGGGCGGAAUUGACACGUGGCGAAUCAACGCAGGAGAGUGAAUGCAGACGUGGUUGGGAGUAACAGCGUAUCUGAGACGUAUUUGACUUGAAUUGCGGUGAGAUUCCAAAGAAAUCUACGCAGGGGAGUGAAUGUGGACGUGGUAGCGAGUAGCAGCGCUCGCAGGCGUUCUCUCAGAGAAUCAAUCUCACGUCUGCAUGGAAGAGAGAUUGGACACGUGGGGCGGAAUUGACACGUGCCGAAGAGUCCGGGGGGUUGGGAAUCGACAUGUAUGCAAUCAGGUGGUGGCAUUGAGGGGGGGGGACACGUGCCGAAGAGGUUGGGGGCGGGGAAAGGAACAUGUGAGCAAUUGACUUGGCACGUGCACAGGGAAGGAAGGGGACUCGAGUGUUAGUCCCAACACUUGAGGAGGUUGUGGAGCCUACUCGCGGUCCAACGUGAACAGAGAAUUACCUGUGAUAAACUAUCUUUCCUGAUGUUGUUUUAUUGACGUCGAUUCCUCCCAAGGAAUCGACCACUUUGCUUGGUUAGCGGCUUGCUCCGUCGUUUGUUGAGUGGAAGUACCUGAAGGUUGAGUGGAAGUACCUGAAGGUCUGUAGUAAUGAAGAGUGAGCUCGUUC